AUGACAAAACCAAAGUUCUUAAAUAAUGAUUUUCAGAGAAUAUUUGUGACAGAUCGAUAUGUAAGAAAUUAUUGGGGAAAUGACAAAUUUGCUAUUAAAGGAAAUUGCGACACAUCCGUUCCUUUUAAGAAUUAUGCAAACAAGAUUUAUAAAUAUCCAGAAAAUCCAUCAUAUAUUCCUUAUCCAAAACCAAAAAGAGGAUUUGUAUGUGAAAAAGCAGACCCGAUUGAAGAACCAGUGCUGAAUGAAUCAAAUAUUAGUCUUUAUGAAGAUAUUGCUGAUAAUUCAACAACAUCAACUCAAUUAUUGAUAUUUGAAACUCCAAAUAGAAAAGUUUUGUCAAACUUAACGUUAGGUUUGAUAAUUGCUGCAAUUGUUGAAUUAAUAUUGUUAUUAGUAAUGAUAUCUUAUAUCAUUAUUAAAUCAAAUAGUUCAGAAGAAAGUUCUGAUUCUGAUGUUAUUGAAAUGAAAGAAGAAGAAAUUCAACAUAUUUCAAAUCAAAUGACAUUUGUUCAUGAAAAUGUAUUGUUUAACAUGAAUACAACAAUGAGUGAUGAUCCAUUUGCUCAAGACUUUGAAGAUGUUCAAGAUGAUAAUUACGCAUUUAACACUGAUUUAAUUGUAGAUGAUGAAUAA